UGACAUUGAAUUUGGAAGAGGCCUUUAUUGGAUUCACAUUGAGUGUAGUUGGUGUCUAAACUAAAACACACACAUGAAAUCCAUUCGGUGUACGAACAAUUUUUUUUAAUCUUUCAGUCCAAUGGAGUUGGAAUUGUUCAUCAUCUUUUCAUAAGCUGCAAUUUAAGUAAGGAAAAAAAUCAAUUCUCAAUUGAAGGAAGAAAACUUUAAUAGUUUAAUCAACUGAACCACGUAGAAAAGUGUCUAAUCUCCUCAAUUGUCCACCAGGUGGCGACUGAGUCAGCUUGAGAGCUUCAGAGUUGUCACUGUCACAUUCUAAUCGCAGAAAAUAGUGCAUAAAACAACAAGCCGCCGAAGAUUUCGUGUAUUUCACAAACAAAUGUUUAUUAUCACCUAAAUUGUCGUAUUAAAUUCUUGUAAAACUCUUUAAACAGCUUCAAAAAAUGGACGAUAAAAAGAAGAACAAGCGAUCGAAAGAGGAGAUCGCGAAGGAGUUUGAGUUGCCGGAGCGAAAGAGUAAAAUUGCAACGAUUAUGAAGCAUGAUGAAGAAGCGUAUUGCAUAUGUCGGUCAUCUGAUUGCUCCAGAUUUAUGAUAGCCUGCGAUGCAUGUGAAGAAUGGUAUCACGGUGACUGUAUCAAUGUCACUGAAAAAGAGGCAAAGCACAUAAAGCACUACUACUGCCUGUCGUGCAAAGAGGCCGAUCCAACGUUACAAACAGUAUUCCGUGCAGUGCCUGUUGCCGUGGCUGGUAUCACUGCCGAGGACCGAAAAGCAAAAAAGAUGGCAAAAGAAGCAAAAACACGUGAAAAAGAGAAGAACCGUGACGGUGAUCGAAAGAAGGAAAAGAAAGAACGAGCUAUCAAGUUAAAGGAACGUUGUGGCACAUGUUCAGGUUGUACCGCUCCGAGUUGUGGUGAAUGUAAUGCAUGCGUUAGUCGUCAACCGGGUCGGAAGCAUCGUUGUGAGCGUCGCAUAUGCUUGAAUUUCAAUUUAAAGAAGGAAAAAGCCGCUUCACGUACAAAGCGUCGUCGUCGUUCGCCGAGUCCGGAGGUAUUCAUCAAUCCCAAUCUUGAAGGUGAUCGUCAAUGCUACGGCCCAAACUGUCAAAUGACAGCUCGACCACAAUCCAAAUAUUGUUCCGAUGCUUGUGGCCUAAAACUCGCCACCAGUCGCAUUUAUCAAGUUCUACCGCAGCGAAUCCAAGAGUGGAACCUAUCGCCGUGUGUCGGCGAAGAGAAAAACAUCAAACAAUUGGAAGUGAUUCGUGCAAAACAGUCCACCGUUCGUGCGACACUAGGCGAAUUGGACAAACGACAAAAAGAAUUGGAUUUGCUGGUCGAACGUGCCAAACACUGUACACUCGAUCCAAAAGCACUGGAAAGCGCCGAAGAAGAUGAAAUGUCAAUGUAUUGCAUCACAUGCGGCCAUGAAAUUCACUCACGAACCGCCAUUCGACACAUGGAAAAAUGCUUCAACAAAUAUGAAAGCCAAGCGAGUUUUGGCAGCAUUUUUAAAACUCGACUCGAGGGCAACUCCAUGUUUUGUGACUUUUACAAUCCAGCCAGUAACACGUAUUGCAAACGAUUGCGCGUUCUGUGCCCGGAACAUUGUAAGGAUCCGAAAGUUAGCGACGCAGACGUUUGUGGGUGUCCAUUGGUGAAGAAUGUCUUCGAAUUGACCGGGGAAUUUUGUCGUGCACCGAAGAAGCAUUGCUUCAAGCAUUAUGUUUGGGAAAAGAUUCGAAGGGCGGAAAUCGAUUUGGAACGCGUCCGUGAAUACUUGAAAUUAGACGAGCUCAUGGAUCAAGAACGACAAGUUCGAGCUGCGAUGACUUCCAGAGCUAAUGUGCUUGGGCUUAUGCUUCAUUCUACUUAUAACCACGAUGUUAUGGAAAGACUCUGCCGACAAUCCCAACGACAACAAUAAUUUUUUUUUUACAUUUUUUACGUUUUUUCCUUGGAAAUAAAUGCAUAUUGAAUUUAAAUUUUA